UCUCUCCUCCUCAGUGAUCUUCAGCUCUCCUCGCAGUCAUGAGGUAAGCUCUCUUCUCCUCUUUUUUUAAUCAUUUAUUCUCAUUUUCUCUCUUUUCUCUCCGUCUUUAUUCUUCUCUAAAUCGGACCGGACCCCUCGGCUGCUUCCUCUCGGUCCGGUUCUGUUCGGUUCUGUUCGGUUCUGUUGUUGAAUCUGCGGGUAAAGACAAAGAGGCUGAUGAUGGCAGACGGGAGGAGGAGGAGAGGCGGAUUCUGGACCUGAAUCUGGUUUUUAGAUGAAUUAGAGGAUUUCAGGGGUCCCUCUGGUUCUGGAUCUGGUCCUUUGUCGUGUUUCUGGUCCGGCCCUGCUGCUGCUGCUGCGGGUUUUUGGGGGUGCGUCCCGUUUUUUAAUGUGUCCUCGUUGAUGCGGACAGAGGAUGGAGGAGCUGAGGAUGGAGGAGGUGAGGAUGAAUCAUAGAGAAAACCCGACCUCCUCCUAAACCCCGUCUUUAGAGGUCAAAUACGGAACAGAACCAGGAAACCGGACCCUCUAAGUCCAGUCUGCACCUGUUCGGUUCUGCUGUAAAACCAGGUCUGUGGACUCCAGGUGUUAGUCUGAACCAAACCCGGGAGAUGUGUGUGUAUUUGUCUGAUGUGGUUGUGUAUAUGGUUGUGUAGUGUUUCCAGUCUGCUCGGUGGUUUUUUUGGCCCUUGAACGUCUCUCCCAGUCUCUCCCAGUCUGUACUGGUUUCUCUGAACUGGGAGGUUUCAUCUCUUUAAUAUUCACUGAUUCUGUUUGGAGCCUUUUGACUCAACAGCUGAUCCUCCUUCAGGAGGGAUGUGGGUAAUUCAUGGAUCUAUUUAUAUAAUGGACCUGUGUAGUUCAUGGAUUUGUGUAUUUCUUGGUUCUGCGUAGGCCUAGUUUAUGGAUCAUGGAUCUGAGUAUUUAAUGGUUUUAAGUAGUUCAUGGAUCUGUGUUGUUUGUGGAUCUGUGUAAUUCAUGGAUUUGUGGAUCUGUGUAAUUAAUGAAUCUUUGAAAUUCACAGAUCUGUGUUGUGUGGGUCUGUGUAUUUCCUGGCUCUGUGUGGUUCAUGGUUCUGUGUAUUUCCUGGAUGUGUGAGGUGUUUCUUCCUCUGAUUGUUUGCUAACUGAUAAGAUGAGAUGAUCUGAAUCUGAACAUCAGAGGAGACCUUCAUUAUCUGAUUUCUGUUUUAUUUUUUAAUUCACUGAUAUCAGCAACUGUGUGUGUGUGUGUGUGUGUGUGUGUGUGUGUGUGUGUGUGUGUAUAAACGUGCUUCUGUUGUGUUUCACACUCACUCACCACAGUCCUGCUGCCCUAAAUAUUCACUGAGCAACAAAUGUGGAUUCAUCCGCUGCUGAAAGUAGUUCUUAGAUACAUAGAUAAGUAUAGAUAAAUAGAUGCAUCGAUACAUAGAUAGAUAAGUAUACAUAGAUAUUUUUGAGACCUGUCGAAUCAAAGCUGCACAGAGACAGUCGGACCUGCUGCUGAAUAUUUGGUCAUAAAGUUUGACGUUUGUUCUGCAGGUUUGUGAACUUCCUUCAGUCGGGGCAUCAAUUUAAAACAACAACGUGGUUUAAAUAUUUCUGUUCUGAGUCAAAUGAACCAAAAUCCUGAGGAUACUUUACUUUAACUCUGAAUCACACUGAAGAUCUUUAUCGUCAUGUCUACUCUAGUAGAGAAGCUUUAUAAUUAUCCUGAACUGAGUAAUUCCUCAUCAAUACGACGCUAAGAGAGCAGAAAUUCAAGAGAUACACCAGAACAACACAAUAAAAAUAAAGACAGAGACGGUAAACAUGUGAAGACUGAAGGUGGAGGACAGACUCAGACUGAAGGUGGAGGACAGACUCAAACUGAAGGUGGAGGACAGACUCAAACUGAAGGUGGAGGACAGACUCAGACUGAAGGUGGAGGACAGACUCAGACUGAAGGUGGAGGACAGACUCAGACUGAAGGUGGAGGACAGACUCAAACUGAAGGUGGAGGACAGACUCAGACUGAAGGUGGAGGACAGACUCAGACUGAAGGUGGAGGACAGACUCAAACUGAAGGUGGAGGACAGACUCAGACUGAAGGUGGAGGACAGACUCAGACUGAAGGUGGAGGACAGACUCAGACUGAAGGUGGAGGACAGACUCAGACUGAAGGUGGAGGACAGACUCAGACUGAAGGUGGAGGACAGACUCAAACUGAAGGUGGAGGACAGACUCAGACUGAAGGUGGAGGACAGACUCAGACUGAAGGUGGAGGACAGACUCAGACUGAAGGUGGAGGACAGACUCAGACUGAAGGUGGAGGACAGACUCAAACUGAAGGUGGAGGACAGACUCAGACUGAAGGUGGAGGACAGACUCAAACUGAAGGUGGAGGACAGACUCAAACUGAAGGUGGAGGACAGACUCAAACGGCUGCAGGGAUGAACUUUAGCUGAAGUUUAAAAAACUGACAAAUUAAUGUGUAAUUCAUCAUUUUACAAAAUAAAGCGUCAGGUUUUAUUGUGAAGGUGUGCUGUCCCCUUCAAAAUAAAGCGUCACAGGUUUUAUUGUGAAGGUGUGUUUAUGUGUCAGGAGGACAUCAUGAGGACCUCGUGGUCCUCUCCCUGGAGUUUUAAAGUCUUGGACUCAGUCACAGACAGAGGUCAGUCCAGAUUCUGGACUCUGAGGUCCAGAACUUGAUCCUGUUUGGAUGGAUGUUUGUUUCUAACAGACUGACCUUUGACCUCUGAGUGUGAGUCUUGAUGUGGUUGGUCAGUUUGUGACUUUGUUGAGUUUAAAUCAGAACUUUGAGGUCCGUUUGAAGCUCCUUCAGGUGGUUCUGAGGUGUUCUGGUUUCUGCUCUCCUUCAGUCUGGUUCUGAUGCUCCAGUUCUGACAGCUGAUUGGACGCUGAUGUUUAAGUCAGUGUGGUUAUUCCAGCCUGCAUUUAGCGUUUAGAGAGUGGCGGCUCUCUGGGGGCGGGGUUGAGAGCUCAGAUGAUCGUCUGCCGCUCAGAUCUUCAGAUUCACAAACUCAUCAGAGCUCAAAUAUUUCUGAGAGGAGGAGAUGUUUCUGGAUUUCUGACUGACUCCAUUUUCUCCUACUCCUCCUCCUCUGCUCUCUGCCUGGAGGAUGCGGUUGCUAUGGUUACCAGACAGUCCCAGAGGGGCGGGGGGAGGAAAGCAGGCUGGUAGGAAGAGGGGGGGAGGAGCAGGUGGAGAUUGGUGCUCUCUUUGUUAGAUACAUGAUGAGAUGAAUUACAGAGAGACUCCUCCACCUCCGAUUAGACUCCUCCACCUCCGACUCCUCCACCUCUGACUCCUCCACCUCUGAUUAGACUCCUCCACCUUGAGCCCGGUCUGAGCGUGAAGGUCCUGAUGACACAGGAGGAGAGGAGAAGCUGAAUGAUGUUAUUAAGAUGAACGUUUCAGAGAGUGUGAGCUCCUCCUCAUUCUAAUCUCUGUUCAGGUUAAUCUCUAAACUGGAGCUGCAGCUGAGAUUAUAAAAUAACUCCUGAAUGGAUUAGAGAUACUCAGGAUUCUGUUUCUUCAACUGACAGAAGACAUUUUUAUGAAUUUAUCUAAAGCUGUCUGAGGACUUCACUCUCAUCUGUAGAUAAAUCUGUUAACUUUGACAACUUCAUGAUAUCUGAGGAACUCGAGGUUUAUUUAGAGGAUCAAUAAUAACAAAUAAGGACCAAUAAUCCAAAAACAUCAUUAAGUUCAGGACUAAAUCAAACUGUCACAUUCUCUCAGGGCUGGGACUCUUAAUCCCACAUUUACUUAAACAGGAGGAACACGGCGCAGAAAUGACACAACUUCAAAAACACAGAUUAGACAGAUUACACAGAUUAUUGAUCAUCUGGUUUCCAAAGUCCUGCUCUCACACAGUCUUCUCUCUCAGGUUCUGGUUGUUCAGGUCCUCCUUCUCCUCAGCUGAUGUCUUCAUGGUUCUGGUUCAGGGAUGGGUUCUGAUCAGGCUGUAACAAACAUUCAGGUGUCUCUUUUUCCUCCAUCACUGCAGACCUUUACUCGUUUAGGAACUGUCGUCACUCUGGGCAGAAACUUCUGAAUGCUUCAUGACACUCUGACACCUUUACAAUCAAACAUUCUAACAGUCUGUCACUGUAACAGUUUAACAAUGUAACACUGCAACAAUCAUACACUGUAACAUUCUAAAAUUCUUAGACUGUAACACUUUUAAUUCGAACACUAACAUUCUAACACUGUAACACUGCAACAUUGUAACACUGCAACAUUCUAACAUUCUAACUGUAACAUGCUAACUCUGAAACAUUGUAAUAUUCUAACACUCUAACAUUGUAACACUGCAACAUUGUAAUACUGUAACACUGUAACAUUCUAAAAUUCUAAGACUGUAACACUUCUAAUUCAAACACUAACAUUCUAACACUGUAACACUGCAACAUUGUAACACUGUAACAUUCUAACAUGCUAACUCUGAAACAUUGUGAUAUUCUAACACUCUAGCACUGCAACAUUCUAAUACUGUAACACUGUAACAUUCUAACAUUCUUACACAGUAACAUGUUAACUCUGAAACAUUGUAAUAUUCUAACACUCUAACAUUGUAACACUGCAACAUUCUAAAAUUCUAAGACUGUAACACUUCUAAUUCAAACACUAACAUUCUAACACUGUAAAACUGCAACAUUCUAACAUUCUAACACUGUAACAGUUUAACAUACUGUAACACUGUAACAUUCUGACACUGUUACGGUUUAACACACUGGAACACAGUAACAGUUUGACUCUCUGACCAGGAGAGCUAAUAUUCCCCGUCUCUCUUCUUCCUCUCUCUGCUUCAUCGUCGUAUCAUAUCGGGGUCACACGCUUCAGGACGGUCGUUCCCAUAGCAACUGCACGGUUAACGGGCUCAUUAAGUCUCUGUCUGAUCUGUGAUCCUCUGAGGGAGCUCCCACAUUUUCUUACCCAGCAUGCUUUGCAAUGACUGCAGCAAGCUGUGUGUGUGUGUGUGUGUGUGUGUGUGUGUGUGUGUGUGUGUGUGUGUGUGUGUGUGGCAGAUGACAAGAGAGGCAGAGAGAGACAUCACUGGAUGGUGAUGGUGGGGGAUGUGGGCCUGUUACCAUGGUAACACCGAACAUCAAUAUGUCAGGGUCUUUUGAUGGAGAGGGGGGGCACACACACACACACACACACACACACACACACACACACACACACACACACACACUAAACCAGCUGAAGUCUGCAGUUUCAAAGGGACCUUCACACACACACGCUCUCCUUUCUAUCUCUCUGAGGACUCAGAUUGUGAACCAGAGGAGCCCUGAAAACCAGACCCUGGUCUUGGUAAACCUGGUCUACAUUUGUCUGUUUGAAUAUUUGGGGUCGAAGCUGAAGGUCUCUGAAGGAUCAGAGAGGGUCACCUCAAGUUCCUGUUUUUGUCCCUGACAGGCUCCGGUUGUUUCUCUCAGGUUGUGAAAGCAUUAAUGAAGUGUGAGUGAGUGAAAUUCAUGUUCAUGUUCAAACUCAUGUUCCUCAUGUUUCACACUGACGUCCUGCAGAGAGAGAUUUCUGUUAGUUAGUGUAAAACUCUUGAACCUGCAGCUCUGUCCGUCUGUAAAUCAUCGCUCUUCUGCAGAGAUUCAGGUCGUCUUAUUUAACUUUUGACAGACUUUAGUUUGUAGUUUUAUUUCUUUCUUGGUUCGGUCUUUAGAAAUCGUCUUCUGUCUGUAUUUAAGGUGAAGCACUCUGAGCUGCAUGUCUGUUCAUAUUAGAAUUAUUUCACAAAUUAAACUGGACUGGAUUCAGUGGGACGACACUCAGGUGUAUCUACUGGAAUCUGUUGGUAAAUAAUGUGCUGGCGUGCUGGGACACUGACCUGCAGGAUCUGAGGAGAGUUGACCUGUCGGAGGGUCACAGGAAGUGUGCAGGCGUGGGAUUGUUUUCAGGGUCAAAGGUCAAAGUGUGGAGUAAAAGUAGUAAAAGUAGUGAAGAGGUCGGACAAAGAGCUGCAAAGCAAUGACCGUAAAGUUCAGAAUAUAAGUGCAGCUGUUUUCUCUCUCAGGUUUAAAGACUUUAAUUUGACUCUACCUGCACACAGUAAAGAGUCACACCUGUAUUUGUCUGUUUUUCUGCAGUUUAAUGUUGCGUCUUUCAGAAUCAGCAGUCAUGUCUUAUAAUCUACAUCAUAUUUAGAUGAAUUUAUCUAUUAAAUACUAUGAAAUACCACCCUUAAUGUACAUCUUUAAUGUGCAGGUAUGAUGGUGUCCACAUUAUUAUAAUGGUUAUAAUAAUGUGAGAUCAUGUCUGCAAACACAGACUCCCUCAUUAAAACACAGUUUAACUUCACAGAACAGUUUGAAAUAGUUCCAACACGUUAUGGAUUAAACACAAUAAAGCACUAAUACAUGUAUUGAUCCAGGAGAGAAAAUCGCUGAUUUAGUCAAUGAGGUUUGGUGCCUUUGAUAGAAUGAUGUAACAGCUGUGUCUGAUUGAAUUAAAGACUUUUAUUUAAACAAACGGCACAAAAACACGUCAGUUUAACCAACGACACACAGGUUUAAAGAGGCUGAAUAACCAGAGUGCAUUGUGGGAAAAUAAGGAGCGUCCUGUUUCGUAUCUGAGCUGCUCUGUCCUGAUAAUCAGGAUUUAAUGAGGCUGUAGUUCUGUAACCUGAGAGCAGGUCCACUAUAAAACCACUUUCUCCUGCUGCUGCUCCUCCUCUCAGACCUCCUCCCCCCUCUGACACUCAAUCCUCGGGGGGGUCAGCUCUUCAUAAUGAAUGCAGCGCUGACAUCUACUGCACUGACGGCCCGCUGACUCCAGAUCUGCUGCACCGAGCAGAAAAACACAAAAGACGACAGGAUAUCAGCUGAUUAGUGAAGGUUUUUAUUCAUUUACUGUCAGAAUAUAAAAAUUAAAAUAGAAUAAAUCCAAAUAUCUGCGUCUCUGCAGUCAAGGUCACUCUCUCUGAGUCCGUCACGGCAGCGGACUGAGCAUGUGCGGCUCUGAGCCAGCGUUUCUGACCUCAUGGUGUCAGCUUCUGAGCUUCAUCUAUCGAUCAUUUACUCGCUCAUUUCCUGUUCGAUGUGCGGCCGCAGGACACAGUAAACAGACGGAUACUCAUCAAUAACAACAACACUAAUACUACAGUCAGGAAAUACCACAAAUACUACCUCAGUACUACCACAGUGUGAGUACAAAUAAAUACUGUGAAACUGCAAGUCAUCACAGGAGAGGAGAGUAUCAGAAGCAGGAUGAUGAUAAAGAGAGUACUUUAUAAAAUAUUAUAUUAUACUACAUAAAUAUCCAGAGAGUACUUUAUCAAACAUUAUAUUAUACUACAUAAAUAUCCAGAGAGUACUUUAUAAAAUAUAAUAUUAUACUACAUAAAUAUCCAGAGAUUACUUUAUAAGAUAUUAUAAUAUACUACAUAAAUAUCCAGAGAGUACUUUAUAAAAUAUAAUAUUAUACUACAUAAAUAUCCAGAGAGUACUUUGUUUAUAUUAUAUUAUACUACAUAAAUAUCCAGAGAGUACUUUA